AUGGAACCCGAGCGAACAAGCACCCCCCUCUACCAAAAAGGCAAGAAGAAUCGCCUCUCAAUGUCCCUGGACACGGAGUCCACCGAGAUGAUCUCCAAAGAAGAAGCCAUCCGCAUCUGCAAGGAGCACGGCAUAUCGGAGCAGGAUGCACGAGCGGAGUUCGAGAAAAUAGAUAUCGAUAAUGAUGAUGAGAUGCCGCGGAAUAUAACGAGCAAGAUUGUUGACAAUUUGUCCAACAAGCUGAAAUAA